AUGGUUGAAAGUCUACUUAACGGCAGCAGCGAAUUCUGCUGCAGUGGAGCUUACAUCAGUUUGGUGCUCCCAGGGGUGGCCUGUGCCAGAGCCCACCCAGUCAGAAGGCAGAUGAUGUACAUCACCUUUGCUCACUCUGUGGAGAACCGAGAUGGCUGCUGCUCGGAAGCCAGGUGUGACUCACAGCUGAAUGUGUGUGGUGUGGCUAAUUUGAACAACAAGAUAGUGGGAGGACAGAAUGCUACUGCAGGUUCUUGGCCUUGGCAAGUCAGCAUUCGUCUCACUGACUAUAAUUUCCAUUUCUGCGGUGGAUCCCUCAUCAACAGUGGCUGGGUUCUGACAGCGGCACACUGCUUUGCAAAUACCAAAUAUACUGCUUCUCAAGUUACUGUGUAUCUGGGUACAGAGACUCUGCAUGGAACCAACAUGAAUCAGGUGUUCAGAUCUGUCACAAGUGUGACCAUACACCCCAACUAUGAUGCAAAUACCGUGAACAAUGACCUGGCCCUGCUUCAGCUGUCUUCCACAGUGACCUUCACCCCCUACAUCACUCCUAUCUGUCUGGCUGCCUCUGGUAGCACCUUCUUCAAUGGAACCCUGUCCUGGGUCACUGGCUGGGGGAACAUCGCCACUGGGGCAAGUCUUCCAUCUCCUGGGUACCUACAGGAAGUACAAGUCCCAAUUAUUGGAAACAGGCAAUGUUUCUGCUUAUAUGGUGGAGGAAUCACAGGAAACAUGAUUUGUGCUGGAGCUUUACCAGGAAACAAAGACCCCUGUAAUGGUGAUUCUGGAGGUGCACUAGUCAUCAAACAAGGUUCUAUUUGGAUCCAGGCUGGGAUUGUGAGCUUUGGUAAAGAUCAAGGCUGUGCUCAGGCAAAUGACCCUGGUGCAUUCACCAGAGUGUCUCAGUACCAGAACUGGAUCAACCAGGUGAUCACCAGCAACCAGCCAGGCUUCGUCACGUACACGUCCAGUGGCACCAACGCAGACCUGAAUGUGUCCUGCAGUAACCUGCCUCCUGCCACCACUGUUGUGACCACAACCACCAUGACCACCGCUCCACCUGUGGUAUGUGGCAAUGCCAACCUGAAUGACCUUUCGGGAGCGGGCACUGGCUUGGCGUCUGCUGGCAUGUGGCCGUGGAUGGCAAGUGUUCAGCGUAAUGGUACCCAUGUCUGCGGAGGAACGCUGAUCGCUGCCCAGUUUGUCAUGAGCUCUGCUGACUGCUUCUCUGGCUCCACCAACGCUUCUGACUGGACGGUAAUCCUGGGCCGCCUCAUGCAGAACGGCAGCAACUCCAACGAGGUGUCCAUCAAAGUGGCAAACAUCACGUUCAGCAACACUUCACAAAACAACAUAGCAGUGCUGCAGCUGACCGUUAAACCAACGCUGUCCAACUACAUCCAGCCCAUAUGUGUGGACCAGGGCAGCAACAACUUUGCUGUGAACACUCAGUGCUGGACAGCUGGCUGGGGCUCAGGAGGAGGAGCUCAACAAACUCUUCAGCAAAUCAACACUUCUAUCGUGAGCUGUGAUAGUGCAUCUGCAUCUACCAGCAUCUGCACACCAGCCUUUCCACUAGAACAGAGUGAAAGAGGAGGACCUCUGAUGUGUAAGGUUGGGGCGUCGUGGUUCCAGGCAGCGGUUCUGACUUUGCUCACUAGCACAGCCAACAGCACUAGCACCAACCCCAACAUCACCAACUCCAGCUCCAACAGAAGCCUGCAGGUGGAUGUGGUUACUCAGAAGUCAAGCAUAAUGACUUUCUCUAAAACUUCAGACUUCACCCCAUUCCUGCUGAAGACGGUGGGCUCCCUCCAAAACAUCACAUCUGUUACGACUACUAUGGCCACCACUACCAAGCCCAGCUCCGGUGCCGCUGCCUUUUUACCUUCCCGAGGUUUAGGCGUAAGCGCAUACGCUCUGGUGCUCCUCGUCCUCGGGGGAGGAGUUUCCUCCUCUGUCGACGACACAGCCUCUCUAAUAGUCACCCGAGGCUACUUGCUUGCCCCAGAGCGACUUGCCCUGGGCGGAGCCUUAGGUGCUGGCGUUUCGUCACCCUCAGAGCCUGUGACAUCAGUCUGGGAGGAGGGAUCCCCCUGA